GCAGGUGUAAGCCCUGCUGCGGUACAAAGAUGGGAGGCGAUGUCGGCUCUUUUGUGGUCCUUGAAUAUUUCCAUUUGUCAUAGAGUUUUCCAGCAGGUGAUGAAACUGCCUUGUAUGAACUUGUGAACCUUAUUACAACAACGCUGCGGAGUGUUAUUGUUAAUAAAUGUGAAUUUAUGCUAUUCAACACAUGUGAACAUUAGGCUUCACUUAGCUUUGCGAUAUGCCAGCCUGUAAUAUGCUCACAAGGAUUUCUUUCUCUCUCUUGCGCAGGCUGCUUCCCGCGAAGGGAUCCGAAUCGAUGUCAUUUUCGGCCAGCGGCAUGAGCAACACCUGCAGAGCCUCCAGUCGCGCCAAACUCAUCAUCCUGCACCGCAAGAGAAGAUGCUUACCCACCUAAGCGGUGCCCGCGGCACCGUAGGCAGGCGCGACGCUUAAGAAGCUGGGCUCCUAGGCACACCCCCUCUUCACUGUGACGUCUAGCUGCAGACAAUCUCCUUUCACGCUGCUCCCUGUUUUGCGUUGCGGUUUCGACGUUCAUCCUCUAGAGAACUUCUAUUGUGCCGCCGCCGUUACCGUUUGGUUCUCAGGGUUUUGGUGUUGGCUGCUUUCGGUGUUAGCGCUCCUGUCCAGUCUCACUCCUUUCGUCACGAAUUUUCCGCACUGGCUGCGAAACGGCUGUAGGCAGGCAGCAGCUGACCCGCGCCUACCGCGAACGCUUUCUCGGAACUUCCGGCACGCGCAGCGUGCUCUUGGCUCGCGCACCCGAAGCUCGCCGCGGCGCGCUCCGAUGGACCGAGCACUUGACUUGCGCGCCGGGCCGCGUCUGCUCCUCGCGGCCGCCCUGCUCGUGGCGUGGUGGCGGACGGCGCUGGCCGGCGUCGAAUUCGAGCACCCGUCCUCGAACGGCACCGACGGCGGCGGCGGCGAGCGCGCCGAGGCGCCGCCGUGGGCUCCCGGCGACUGGCAACGCCUGCUCAGGGGUUGCGACAAGUACGUGGACGCCACGGGAUGGAACGGAUCCACCGCCGCGGCGCGCAGUGCCUCGCGGCUCCGUCUGCAUCAUCCUUUCCUGUCACUUGCGGAAGGUGUCGUGCCGGAUGUCACUUACAGCGUGGUUGUUCGGACGGGCGUUCAGCUGGAGGCCCACCCGGUGCUCGUGGCCGCCCAGCCGCCCGGUGAACUGGUGGCGCUACCGGAAAACAGCAAGCGCUGCGGCCUGAACGGAAGCUUCGCGGUGGUCUACCCGGCACGCGAUCAGCCGCUGCUGCAAUGGAGGCCUCAGAGCGGCUCCAGGGACGGCCGCAACGAGUCGACUCUACUGACGGUGAUUUAUCCUUCGGGACCAGGAGGUUUAGAAGUUGAAUAUCUGCGCUACCCUCUUCGUAAAGAUUGUUUGGUCCUCUUCCGAGCACAGUACGCCGUCAUCCAAAGCACUGACUUGGACAAAAAAUAUCUGGAGUGUCCUAAGUUGACCAUCCUCUUCGAGGCACCGGCAGACACAACGCCCACCAUGCAGUUCCAGGAGGUGCGUCUUUCCGGCAGCGCAGCGGCGCAAGUCGAAGUCUUGGUGGAGACCGAGACAGCUAAGGGUCUCGUUUUAGGCAACAGCUCUGUACUACGGGCCUCGGGGACAGACCGCUGGCUCGCGCUUCGAGUGCGAUCUUGCCGCUCCUGCUACUACCGAACCGUUGUUUACGCCUUGGACAGCCGCGAAGGUUGCAACGUGACACUCACCAGGACACGAGGAGAAUGGCACAGCCCCCACCAUCCGGAUUUCUACCCUCCGGGAUUGCAUUGUUUCAUCACCAUACUGGCACCCGUCGGACAUCGCAUACUGCUCCGCAUCCCGUUCCUCGAGUUGCCGCCCGCAAAGGACCCCCGCUGUGAGCACGACAGCCUGGAGAUUGGACCCCUGGCGGGCCGUGGGCCCAGCACCGUCGUGCUCUGCGGAAGCCGGCGGAACCUCACGUACCUGUCUCUCGACGAGAGGCUCUCUAUCGCGUUCCACAGCGACCCCCUGCUGGAGGCCGAAGGCUGGACGGUCAAGUACGAGUUCGUCAGGCUCUGUCGGAACGAGACCCACGGCGAGGCAAACGGCCGCGUCUGCUAUCCACCCGGCAAGAGCACGUCGCUCCUUUACUCGGCCCCUGGCGACUGCCACUUCGCGCUGGUCAUGCCACUGGGCUACGAGGUGCAGCUCAGUUUCAGCAUGCUCCAGGUGUCGGCUGCGCGCGCUUCCUCGUCCUGCCCUGACAGCUUCCUCGAAGUGUCGUCCGGAGGCGUGGAGCACCGGUUCUGCGGCAACUGGACGGGAAGCCCCGAGCUGGCGGCGCUGCGGUCCGCGGGCAACGCGAUGAACAUCCGUGUACACCUCGAGGAACCACCCGGGGGCCCCAGCUUGCUGGCGCUCAGUACCGCCAGCCUGGGCUUCUGUGCAACGUACGACGCGGUGCUCGUGAACCAGUCUCUGGCGGAGGACUGCGAGUUCGGCUGGGUCUCCUGGGGGCUGCACUGCUACAGGGUGUUCAACGAAAGCCUGUCCUGGGCCAAGGCCAAUGACGUGUGCGCCUUGCAUGGCGGCCACUUGGCCAGUGUCACCGGAGAAGACCUGCAGUCGCUUCUGGAUACCAUGCUGCUCGCGAGUGCCGAGUACAAGAACCACCAUCACACCUUCUGGAUUGGUGGGAAUGACCUCCAGUACGAAAAUUGUUUCACCUGGGCUGACGGUCAGGAAUUUGAGUACACACAUUGGUUCCCUGGCUGGAGCAGCCAUGGCGGAUAUGGCGCCCAGCCCAGCGACGACGGCCUGGCGCAGCAAGACUGCGUCGAGGUGCGCGACGUGUUCCUGUUCCCCAGCAAGGGCCAGGGGCACACGGCCACCUUCUUCUGGAACGACCGGCACUGCGCCGUCGCCAACCCGUUCGUCUGCCAGCGGCUGCGCCAAGGGGCCACAUUGGAGGUCGGGCGCACCGUGGAGUGCAACCGUACGCUUGUGCUCAGCCCCGAGCACAGCCGCGGCGUGGUGUCAAGCCCCAACUUUCCCGGCGCCUACUCCAAUAGCCAACGCUGCUCCGUCGAAAUCCAGGCUCCAGCAGGGUUCCGCGUGGAACUGCGCUUCAACGAAUUCCUGCUCGAGGACCAUCCAGGGUGCGAAUACGACUACGUAGAAAUCGAUGAACCCGACGAGGAACGCAGUAGUGGCCGUCUUUGCGGCGACUGGAGUGGAAGGGUGAAACUGCUGCGUCAGUACAGCCAUGGCCGACGCCUUCGAGUUCAUUUCGUCUCCGACUUCUCGCACGCCUUCAAAGGCUUCAAAGCAGAAGCCCUUCUCAGGCCAGAGGUGGUGCCGACGCAGCUGUGCGAUGCGCGCCAGUUCCAGCGCUUCGCUGACCACUGCUACCUGACGGCCAGUUUCCCUGAAGUGUCCUGGGCCACAGCGCAGCGCGUCUGCAGUGAGUCGCAGGCCACGCUGGCCGCCGUCCGCACGGCGGCGCAGGAGGCGCACCUGAGGGCGCUCGUGGCUGCCACCGAGGGCUCCGGCUCCGGCGUCUGGUACUGGCUGGGCGGCCGCAAAGUGGGCCAACGGGCAGACGCUGGCUCCUGGGUGGACGAGGCGAGUGCCGAGAACGCUGCCGACACCACCGAAGAGCCGCCCGGGGAAACGGCCAGCUCUGGGACCAAGGGGACGCCUCUGUGCCUGGCUUUACAGUGGCGGCCCCAGCAGAACGGGAGCGACCUGCACUGGGCCUGGAAGCCGUGCGACCAUUCCGGCCGAUACAUCUGCCAGAAGAAAGCGUUCACACUUCCUCAGGACUUGAACUCGACGCGCACGGAGCCGUCGGGCACGCUUACGUCGCUGCACCACCCGUCGCACUACCUGAAUGACCUGCACUACUCAGUGUCCAUCGUGGGGCCACCUGGGUCGCGGGUACUGCUCUCCUUCUCUCGUUUGGACCUCGAGUGGCAGGCUGACUGCCUAUACGACUACAUCGAGAUCGAGAGCCCGCACAGCCAGGUUGAUCCCGUGCGCAUCUGCGGACAGCACGAGACCGACCUGGACAGGUUUGACCACUUCUCGGAGUCCAACGAGCUGCGACUGACGUUCCACUCGGACUACUCGGUUACAGCCACGGGCUUCGCAGCUAGCUGGACGAUGGUUGAUAUGGCAUCGCUGUGCCACGACCCGCCAUCUACUCUCACUGCGUACAAAGACCGGCCGCAGUCGCUUGUCUCGCCGCAUUACCCGCUCUUCUACCCCAACAGCAUGCACUGCAGGUACGUGAUAAAGUCCGAGACGCCCAGCCUGCCGGUGUUGGUGACGGUGGAGGACCUGGACGUGGGCGUGCGGGAAGCCUCGGGUCACUGCCUGGGCGACCGGGUCAGCGUGAGGCUCAGCGCCACCACGGCCAUAGGGAGCCCAGCUACAAUCAGCCUGUGCGGCGGCGACCUCAACGUGCAGCGUGGCUUCCAGCUGCUCUCGUACGGCGACACGCUCAAGCUGACUCUCGAGGCCCAGCAGCACAGGACGCGGAGGCACCGAGGGUUCAACAUCACUUACCACGCACUGUCCGGUUCAUCGCUGGAGACCACCCUGCAGCUGCCGGCUCGCUCUCGGGGCUUCGUGCAGAGCCUCAAUUACCCGCACCGGCCGCCGCAGGGCUUGGCUUACAGCGUGCGCCUGCUGGCGCCGCUGGGACAGCGCGUCGAGCUGCGCUUCGUAAACCGCAGCGUUGCCUCUGCGGGCGCCGCUGCUGGCGCUGUCCACCUGUGGGACCCGUACCGGACCCCGCAGCUGGCGCUCAGACUCAGCGCUGGCGCCGACAAUGCCACCGUCUCGUCCACGCUCCACACACUUCGGCUAUCAUACGGCGCCCCGGCGGCCCCUUUCCAAGCCUACUUCAUCACACGAAAAGAUCCUUUGUACCUGGACAAAACCGUGACGCUGCUGGCAGACGUCUCCCUGGACUCCUGCACGCCAAACCCGUGCCUUAACGGAGGAUCCUGUAUCGAAGACGUCACUUCCAAGAAGCGCCUCUGCAGUUGCACUCCGCCAUUCGCAGCGAUGUUCUGCCACGUGCACGUGUGCGACGUUGGCGACGCCUGCAGCGGUCGUGGCAACUGCAGCGUGUCGUCAUCGGGGGCGCUGCAGUGCUCGUGCCAGCAGGGUUUUCAGGGUCCCGACUGUACCCAGACAGUGGACCCAUGCGCGGGACAUCCCUGCGGGCCCCAGGGCCGCUGUGUCGUCCUCAACGGAUCCUUUGUCUGCCACUGCAACAUCUUCUUUGAAGGGCUGCGCUGCGAGAAGCAGCUGUUCCGUCUGCCGUACCGUCCUCUCAGUCAGAGGAUGCUUGAGGAGCCCUUCUGGUUAGGGCUGAUCACCGUCUCAGCUGUGCUUUUGCUCAUAUUGCUAGUGUACUGCAUAAAACGCAAGUUCGCCGACAAGAUUGAGAAGUUUCUGGCCGAAGAGAUUGAACGCAGCAAAAACAAUCCGUCGCCGCCCGCGACACGUUACAGCCUGAGUUCCACCCAGCCGAGCCUGACGCCCGCUAGUCUGAGCCCGCAGCCAUGUCAGCGGUCACUGCUGAGCCGCAUUCGACGGCACAGCAUCCGAAGUGCGCAGGGCGGUUCCAGCCCGUCCGACAAGGAGCAGGGGGCCUGCACGUUCAGCUUCGAUGAGCUCCUCAAGCGAUCGUCGCAGUCCUCCGGCUCUAAGAAGCAGUCAGCCAAUUCCAGCGACAGCGACAACCCGAUGCCUGGUACCAGCGGUCCGGGCCCGGCUCCUAAGGAGAAGGAGUCCGAGACCUCGCGAAUCCUAGCCUCGCUGGUCACUUCGUCGAAAUCGCCGGGAAAACGGAGGAUGAGUCUAGAUGAGUUUAUCAAGCUCAGCGAGCGCAAGAUACAGAGCAUCAAGCGCGAGGAGACCCCCGGGGACAUAUCGGACGUGUCAGUUGCCAGCGAGGGCAGCAUGGAGACUAGUUUUAUUCAGAGGACCGCAGAAUUUCACUCCAUCCGGGAGCAGUCGCAGGAGCAAAAUUCUUCUUCGGAUAGCAUAAGCGCGGGGCCUAAGACCAGUGAGGUGCAGGUCGAGGUGACGCCGAUACCCGAGUCUCCUUCGCGAUGCUCCAUCGGUGCUGAAACCUUGUGUCGCCAGGACGCCGUAGCCAGUAGUGGCUCCCGCUCACCGUCGCCGCGCUCUUUUGUCGAGCAGCAGUCGUCCUCGCUGGAAGAGAAGGCGAAGGAGACGCCGAGUGUGACGACGGCAACAGAGACGGCGAUGGUGGCGGAAACACUGGCAACUCCCAAGGCAGAGCCCGGUUCGCCCAAAGCUGCCGGAGGGGACCCAAAGGGGGCUUUCUUGGACUUGCUUCAGAAAACAAUGAUGGCCGCCUCACCGGCCGCGUUCCCCAAGUCCCCAACGAAGCAGCAGCAACAACAGCAACAGCAGCAGGACACGACCCAGGUGUCUAUGCUGAGCCUACCGAAGGUGGGCAGCGGCUGCAAGCAGAAGGCCACGGAUCUGAGUGUCCCGAGGAAAUAUUCCGUCGACCUGCCGAUGCCCAAGAUCCUGAUCACAGCCAACAUGAGCUCCUGCGAGUCCGAGGAAGCGCCGAGCCCACCCAGAACUCCGAAUCCAUCCUGCAAGACCAUGAACUACCUGAGUCCGCUCACCAUCAUGUGCUCCUCAGCGGACCGCACCAUAUCGGAGUCGAACCUCAGCACGUCCGGGUACUCUUCGCUCUCCAGCCCGGGACUGUCCAGGUGCAACUCGAGCAGUCCCAUCGCUGACGAGCUGGAGAACCCCGCGCACCAGGGCCGGCGCGCCAGCGUCUCCCCCAAGAGCGGCCAUUCGCUAUCGCCCAACUACCUGUCGUGCGGUACCAAGGCGUUUCAGUUUCCGGUGGCCCAGGCUUACCCAUACCUCGAGGCACACCGGCCGACGUCUCCACUGCUGCAGAAACGGAGGUCGUCCAUAGGGGGAGCUCUGUGCCCUGCCACGCCGUCACUCAAAGACCGCGUGACGCUCAAGGGCAAGUACCGCACGACGCGGCACAACUACCAGACCACCAGCACAGAGGACUCUGUCGAUGAUGAGGGCAUAGGCAUCGACAUCGCGGAAAUUAGGAUGAGCAAGUCAUGCAUCCGGGGUGGAGGCUCCGUGGACAUCAUCCUCGACACGGGAAAGUUCGACGUCCCCGAGCGAGACGUGUCCAGGGCCACGUCCCCGUUCGCCAAGAGCAUCAGCUUCGAGAGCCCACGCUGCCGUAAGGCGGACAAGCACCGCAAGGGGGAGAAGCACCGCCGUCCCACGCCGGGGAGCUCGCCCGGCAUCACGCCCAGCUCCGAGUCGCUGCCCAACGAGCUGCUGGUGGCAGAGGCCAAGCUGUCGCGCAACCCGUCCAAGAGCAGCAUGGCUGCCGCCGUGGCGGCCCACUCCACCUCAGACUCGGACGACGGCGAGCAGCGGCCGCGGCGGCCCUGCAAGAGCCCCCGGGCCAGCAGCGCGCGGAGUCCCGUGGACGGCCGAGCCGCAUCGCCCCUCUUCGUCUGCCAGCGCUCCUCGUCCUCGGACUCGCUUCCGUCCACCAACGAGGAUCAUAUGGGCACCGAUUGCUCGUCCACCGACUGCAGCGCCGACCGUGGCGGCCACCCUUUCUCCGAGCUGGCUAUCGUCAUCGACUCGUCGCACUGCGUGCCUGGUCAGACCAUCGAGCUGAUUCCGUGCCUGCCCCGCCUGCGCGUGCACCCGCCGCCGCAGCGUCGGGAGGAGGCCACCAACACUCAGCCGCCCUCGGCGCUGCCGUCGCUGCGGCUCAUCUCGCCCGAGGGCAGCACCAGCAGGAGCCUGGACGAAACCGCGGAAUCACGCUCGCCCAGGCCUCCCAGGAGAUGUUCGCUGAGUCCGUCUGGAAAUCAGAGCUCGUUUUCGGCCAGUGAAGCUAGCAACAGGAUUCCAACGUCUCCAACACCAACUCAUCACCAAAUACUAAAGCGGCAAGAGGCGCUCGUGGAAGACGAUGGCAGCGAUGAAUCGGUCAGCGAGACCACGGUGCUCCUGCCGCGCAGCCCCAAGCAGCAGCCCGGUAGCGCCUCCCCGAGGAGCGGCGGCGACAGUACCAGGGCGCGCACGCGGAUGGGCUCGCCUUUUCCCUCAUCCCUGGACUCGGCCGACGGUGGAACUCAAGGCGGGCGGGACGGUGACGCGACCGAGGACCUCUACGACUCCCCGGGGGACGUCGUCUGAGGAGCGCUAAGCGCCCUCGCGUGACGUGCGCGUUUUAGGCGCGCGUUUCAAGAGGCGCGGCUGCCUCGCUCGCGUGUUUCUAAGGGAGAGGCGCCUCAGGCGCUGGCGAGCCACUGCCGCGACCGAGAUAGUGUUCUCGAGUACCGAGCCGCAGUCGU